AUGGACGCCAUCCGAGAGAUGCCGCCGACGGAUCUCCUCGCAGGAGCGGCGCUGGUGGCGUGCGUGUUUCUAGCCCUGAUUGCGGCCUUUCGACGAAGCCCGAAAAACGCGCCUCCUGUGGUGAGGAUGGGCGUGCCGGUGUUCGGGAACUUCGCAGCCUUCAUCCGAAGCCCUCUCAACAUGAUCAGGGAGUGCUACGAGAAGUACGGUGCUGUGUAUACCGUCCCCCUGAUGGGGUUCAACUUCACGUUUCUGGUUGGACCGGAGGCUCAGGCACCGUUCUUCAAACUCAACGACGAGACCAUGAGCCAGAACGAAGUGUACGGGAGGUACACCAAGCCCGUGUUCGGCGCUGAUGUGGUGUAUGCGGCAGACCCGAAGAAGCGCAACCAGCAGAUGCAGCACAUGGCCUACGGCCUGCGGACGGCAAGGCUCAAGUCGUACGUUCCCAUGAUCGAGAAGGAGACGCGCAACUUCCUCAAGACCUGGGGUGACUCGGGUGAAGUCGACCUGGCUUCCGCGUUGUCAAGGCUGACCAUCUUGACGGCCUCCCGCUGCCUUCACGGAGAUGAAGUACGCGAGAACCUGUUCGAGGAAGUGGCUCGCCUUUUCCACGACCUGGAUGAAGGCAUGACCCCCCUCUCGGUAUUCCUGCCGCAUGCCCCGAUCCCCGCUCACUUCCGACGUGACAAGGCUAGGAAGGAGAUGGUGACCGUGCUGUCUUCCGUCAUCAGCGCGAGAAGGGCGGAGCAGGCAUCCGGCACCUCCACCGUGGAGAAGACCGACCUCUUGCAGGUGUUUGUGGACAUGAAGUACAAGGACGGCAGCACCAACACCGACGACCAGGUGGUGGGCCUGCUCAUCGCCCUCCUCUUCGCGGGACAGCACACCUCUUCCAUCACCUCCACCUGGACCACCCUCCUCACCACCCGGGACCCCAAGAUGCUGGAGCGGCUUCUCGAGGAGCAGGAGACGGUGCUCAAGGACACCCAGAACACGCCUCUCACGUGGGAACACCUUGGCGAGAUGGAGCUGCUGCACGACUGCAUGCGCGAGACCCUCCGCAUGUACCCGCCGCUGAUCCUCUUGUUGCGUAUGGCGAAGAAGGACUUCACGGUGACCUCGAAGGGACAGAGCUUCACCGUUCCCAAGGGACACUUCGUUGGCACCUCCCCGCACGUGGCAAUGCGCCUGCCCACCGUCUUCAAGAACCCCGACGAGUUCGACCCUGACCGGUUCGGUCCUGAGAGACAGGAGCACAAGCAGCCCUUCGCAUACCUCGGCUUCGGCGCAGGAAUGCACCAGUGCAUGGGGCAGCAGUUCGCUUUCGUGCAGGUGAAGACGAUCUUGUCUGUGCUUCUGCGAGAGUACAAGAUCGAGAUGGUCGGAGAGCUUCCCCCUGCCGAUUUCAACGCGAUGGUCGUGGGCCCCAAGGGCAAGUGCACCGUGCGCUACACCAAGAAGACCGCGUGA